CAUGUACUGUAUGUACUGUACAUCAUAAUUACAAUUUACAUAUCAUACAUGUACAUGUAGGCCCAACCAGCUGCAGUUGCACGAUGUUACACUCGCUGUGUUUCUGUUUUUCCUUGCUCUAUGAAUGAUAUUAGCUUGACAAGUUAUAGUGCCUUUGCAUGUUGGUUAACUGAGUUUUUUAUGCACUAGUGUUUACCACGUUUUCAAAGUAGGGCCUGCAAUGCCAAGAAAGAAGAAAAAGUACAAUGCUCGAUUUCCGCCAGCCCGAAUCAAGAAGAUUAUGCAGCUCGAUGAAGAUGUCGGCAAAGUGGCUGCAGCAGUACCUGUUCUGAUAUCGAAAGCAUUGGAGAUUUUUGUGGAAUCCCUGCUCACCAAAUCACUGCAACAAACUCAAGCAAGGAGUGCAAAGACUAUGUCAACUUCUCACAUAAGGCAGUGCAUACUGAGUGAGAGUACGUUUGAUUUUCUCAAGGAUCUGGUGGAGAAUGUACCAGACAUGCCCUGUGAGGAGGACGAAGGGAGCCAGCCACCAGUGGUUCACCGGACAGAGCGUAAACACAGGCAGCAUAGGCCACGACGGAAACGUGUGAAAGACGGGGAAGCCGGGCCUAGCAACAGCCAACUUGUUAAGCAGUCUUCCGAAGAGCCGUCAUCCUCUGAGGAUGACACUGAGAGUGAUGAGGAGGAGGGAAUGAGCAACAGCGACAGCAACAACAUCUCCCAAGACCCACCCCGCCUACCGGCAGCUGCAGGCCAAAUACCCAGCACUGCUUGUAUCCCCGGCCAGCCCUCCCCAGCAAUGUACCCUGUCCCUCAAUUGCCCUUGCCAACCAUGGGAGUCUUUCAGGCACCAGCCUCUGCCUCGGGCACCGUGCAAACAGGAAUGGGCGCCUACCAGCCGCCCAAGAACAACAACACUGACGAUGAUGAGAACUACGACACAUAGCACAGAGUUUUGCUGGCCCGAUCCAGGGGAUGGGGAGGGGAUUGUGGAGAAGCUCAAGGGGCAGUGUGCCAACAAGAGUUUAGCCCACAGAGGCCAUUUCGUGAAUUUUGGGGGAAGUCAACAUCUGCAUGCCAAGCGACAUUUCUUUUAUAUAAGGACUCAAAAGCUGGCAUGGUUUUGUUUGUUCAUUUUGUUUUAGGCUUUUUUUGUGUAGUUUUUAUGUUUGAAUCAGGAUAAGUUUAUUUGCAAGGUUUCAAAGUGCUUCCUGUGUGGUACUGCUUGUAAACAGUGAAGAACACAGUCGACUAUAGUUGGUUGUUGGUUCCCUGUGUGAAGUUUGCUCCAGUGUGUGAGUCCUAUAUCACCACAGAUUGAAGCUCCGCAGUCGAAGUAACUCUGGGAAUGAUUAGGUUCUUUUUUUUUCUGCCAUUCACAGUUGGAAUGUAUUUAGUACGCACUUUGCAAGGAAGCUGGAUUGAGAGUAUGGGAAACACUUUUUGUGGCCCAGUGGUGAAAAAAAACACCUGUGCAUGACUGGAUCUAAGUCCAUUCUUGAGGGCUGUGUUGUCUACUGUAUAUAAAUGGACAACACAGUUGUGGCUUUCUGCACAGUACAAGCAAAUGUCAGAUUAUUAUUUGACGUUCCAUUUGGUUAUUAAGAUCAAAUGCACGUGCCUGUGAAUUGAUUAUCUUUAUUGCAGUGUUUUUCAAUGAACCAUUGUAAAUAUAUGUAAAAGCACAAGGGUGUUCUUGUACAUUAAUUCAGCUUUUCCAAUUAAUCAGCCUUAAAAUUCAAAUAAAAUCAAAUAAUUUGUGUUUUUGUUUCAUUUGCCACCGAUUUAGCGACAAAAACUUUGACUUGAAUUGUUUUGAGCAACCAUCCCUGAAAUGUGAUCUGAAAUCUGAGGCCAGGUUUUUUAUUAGGCAAGAUCAGUUGAUAAAUGCCUGUCUGUCUACAACCUUCAUUGAAGGCUUGAAACACCCACAGGAUUAGUCAAAAGAAUUUGCAGUAUGUAAGAAAGUGGAGCCAUCAACAGUACUCAGUUACUUUAUGUAGAACUUAGUCACCUAGGUUGUCCAGAGACCAAGAGUGUGCCAUUGCAUCAAUGCAAACUCCGGUUUUAUUUGGGGGGGGCAAAGCACUCAUCAACAGUAAAAUGGCAAACUAUUAACGAUGGAUCGGAUGAUCUCUGAAGUAUUUUCAAGCAGAGGCUACUUUUCAUCCCCUUCCUUUUCCACUUCUCUCACUUUUUCUUGUUUCCCCUUUAAAUUUUAAUUUUUUUCCAGUGGGGGUAGUGCCCCCAAUGCCCCCCCCCACACCUAUUUGAAGGGUGUUUGGUGAUGUCGAGAUGUUCCUGGCAAAAAUGUCAGGCUAGAGGCAGAGUGCCCAAAUCUGUUGAUAACAUUCCCACAAGUCCAAAAAGUGGCACAGCCCAACUCGAAAGUGUUUCAACUGUUGCAAAGUUUUACAAAUGUACACAAAGGUUCGGUGCCAUCAAUCAUGAUGUUGCACCGCAAGGGAAAUUUUUACCAUGAUUUUGGAUUAGGUGUAUAUUGUGGUUUUUACUUGUAGGAGUAAUUCUGAAGGCUGACAACAGGAUCUAAACUGAGCUGUGCACAGGUAUUUUUAAGGGUGGCUGGGAUUUUUUUUUGUUACCGUGAGCUGAGCUGAGAGACACAUAUACAUUAGCACCUGUUCAAGUGAAGGCAAACAAAGUCAAGUAUUUGAAAUGAAAUACACAGUGUGGUUUUUGCUCAAGAUUAAAGACUCUUGAUAAAAAAGUUAUCAGUGCCAGAUUGUAAAUGGACUGUGUUGGUCAUUUUUUGCACUUGCUCCGAUAAUCCUGCAUUACUCAUGAUGAGUAUUGUUUCUGCCUCUUGACUUUGUGCAUCAAUCGCAUUCAUUUGCAUCAGAGCAUCAGUUACAUGCUUCUGCUUUCAUCUUUAGCCCAUUUAAAUCAACUCACCACACAUUUACAACCAAAUGUUAGGAAUCACUUGUAAUGAACAGGUUUAAUUUGGGUAUGAACAUUUUAAGGUAAUUUCUUACAUUUAAGACAGAGUUAGCAACUACUUGGACUUCACUGAAUAUGUGAAUCCUUUUUAAUCCCAGUCUUACACUUUGCCUCCAAACCUGUGACAAUAUUCAGUAGCACUAUACAACCUAAGAAUGCUAGAUAUGUACAUGUUUACAGCGUUCCAUGAAUCUCUGAUUUGCUGAAAUGUCACUCAAAUCAAAUUUCUGCUUGCUCAUAUUCAGGGCCGUCGGGAAACUGUCAUUUUAGUUUUAUUAUGUUGACAAACUUGACUAAUAACAUGCAUAAACACACUUUCAUAAGGAGAUAUGUGCAUAGAUAGAGUGAAACGGUGCUCACCCAUUCCAGACUUGAAAAAAGUCUUAGGUUUAUAAAUUUAGAGCAUGAUUUCAUCUAAUGAAAAUAAAGGCAAAACUCUUCCGUGUUUGGCUUUAUCCAGUUCUGUACUGUACUUGUUAAUAAACCCAAAAGCUUUCAGUUGUCUUAA